AUGACUUACAGAGAUACAGAAGACCAUAUUCCUCAUGCAACCAGACUUACCACAUCUGGACCCAUUGAAUGUGACUUGUCUGGUUUCCAACUGUUGAACUCUUCUCUUUUUAACAAGGGAUCUGCCUUUUCUCUUGAAGAGAGAGCUGCAUUUGACUUGAGUGGUUUGCUACCCCCAGUAGUGAACAGCUUGUAUGAACAGGCAGAGCGUGCCUACAUGCAGCUACAUUUUUUCAGGACUCCACUGGCCAAGAGCGACUUUUGCACCUCCAUGCGUGUUCAGAACAAAGUGUUGUACUACAAGUUGGUGAGAGACCAUAUCAAGGAACUACUUCCUAUCGUUUACACUCCUACGGAGGGGGAUGCCAUCAUUGCAUACUCCUCUCGUUUCAGAAAGCCUGAAGGCUGCUUUUUAGAUAUCAACGAUCCAGAUGGAAUUGAUGACAGAUUGCGUCCAUUUGGUAGAGAUAAGGAUAUCGACUACAUUGUUAUUUCCGAUAGUGAAGGAAUUUUAGGUAUUGGUGACCAGGGUGUCGGCGGUGUUCGUAUAUGUGUGGCCAAGGCCUCUUUAAUGACUCUCUGUGGUGGCUUGCACCCGGGCAGAGUUUUGUCUGCCGUCUUGGAUGUUGGUACUAACAACAAAAAGCUUAUUGAGGACGAAUUGUACAUGGGUAACAGAUUUCCCCGUAUUCGUGGUAAGGCUUACGACGAGUUUGUCGAACAAGUGAUGACUUCUUUGCACAACCGAUUUCCUCAUGCUGUGAUUCACUUUGAAGACUUUGGUGUUACUACGGCCAGACCCGUCUUAGAGAGGUAUAGGAAGAGAUAUGCCUGCUUCAAUGAUGACAUCCAAGGAACUGGUGCUGUCGCCAUGGCUUCUAUGUCCGCUGCUUUGAAGGUUACCAACAGAAAGCUAUCCGAUGCUCAGGUGCUAAUCUUUGGUGCUGGAUCUGCCGGUCUUGGAAUUUCCGAUCAGAUUACCAACCACAUGGUGUCACACGGUGCUAGCCGUGAGCAAGCUCACCAGCAGAUUCAUUGCAUUGACAGAUUCGGACUUAUACUCGAUAAUAUGGAAGACGUCUCUUCUGCUGCUCAGAUGUCAUAUGCUGACAAGGCCGAGGACUGGAAAGGAGUUGAUACUAAGAACUUGGUUGAGGUUAUUCGUAAGAUCAAACCCACCGUGAUGAUAGGAUGCUCUACUCAGGCCGGAGCAUUUACUGAAGCUGCCGUCAAGGAGAUGUACAAACACAAUCCCAGACCAAUCAUCUUUCCAUUAUCCAACCCUACCAGGCUUUGCGAGGUUCUUCCAGAAGACGCUCUGAAAUGGACCGAUUACAAUGCCUUGGUGGCCACGGGAUCUCCAUUUCCUCCAGUCAAGGGACAUGUGAUAUCCGAAAACAAUAACUGUGUUGCUUUCCCAGGUAUCGGUCUUGGCGCUGUCUUGGCCCGCUGCAAGUCCAUAUCUGAUACCAUGAUAUCUGCCGCUGUUGAUGAGUUAGCCGAGAUGUCUCCUGCCGUCAAGGACCACCGUCUCGGCUUGCUACCUGAUUUGGAGACUAUUGAUGAAACCUCUGCCAGAAUUGCCACUGCCGUUAUCAUGCAAGCAUUGAAAGAGGGUGUCGUGAACGUCGAGCAAGAAGACUCUCCAAGUGGUGGAAAAGUUAAGGUGCCUAGAGACUUCAACAGAUGCCUUGCCUGGGUGAAGUCUCAGAUGUGGAUGCCUAAGUACAGACCAUUGAUUAAGGUCGAACACGUUAAUGCUAUCCACACUCAUCAGUACUGA